AUGGAAGACGAUACUGAUCCCUUUGAAACUUCACAAGAAAAUAAUGUAAAAUCGCAAAAACUUUCUGUUUCACUUCCACAAGAUCCUUCAAGUAGCGCUAAAUCUAUCUCUGAACGUUCUAGUCCAUUAUCCGAAACUCGGUUAAAUGCUUCAUUUCCUGACGUAACUCAGUUGAAAUUGAAUAAAUCAUCGGAGGAUGAGGAAGAAUACAUGAUUGAAUUAAGAUUGAACGAAGGCAAUAAUAUGCGUUGCUAUACUUAUGAUGAAGAGGUACCGGAUUUGCCCAGUGACUUGGUAAUUAAUGAGGAAUGUAUUUCAGGGUCCAAAAAUUGUGGUCUGUCAAGUGAUCAAGCAUUAGAAAAGUUGGUCAAAGUAACAAAUGACAUUCUUGCUGAACACAAUUCACCAUUGCAAACCAACAAGCUUCUUUGCGAAUUCUUGAUCCGUCCAGACACUAUUCUUGCUUUAUCGUCGGUUGCUAUUUUAGUUGCUUUUUAUUUAUAUGGCUCCAUAAUUAGUAAUCCCUACCAAUUUCGCUUAAAUGCGAUUUUGGUUGAGUCAUUUGUAAUCCUUGCGUUUUUGGUGUUCAAUGGAUUUCUAUAUGUUAGAGAAAAAAAGCUAAUCUUUUUGGAAAUUAAUGAGCGUGCAAAAAAUAUUAUUAAUCAAUUAAAACAAAGUGGAUUAAAUACUAUUCAGGAUAUUAAAAUACCUUUUGUUCCAUCAAUAACAGUUGCCAAAGUUGUACGUGAUGGCUUUGUACGAAGUUUCCCCACAACUUUAUUGGCAGAAGGUGACGUUGUGGAAAUGUUAUAUGGUGAUAUUGCUCCAUGUAAAAUGGAAUUAAUUUCUAAUAACGUUCCAAAAGAGUUUUCUACAAAACAAUUGGAACUAUCUCAAGUUUUUAAGCCUUCAUUUUUUAAUGGAAUGUCUUCAAAAGAUUUAUGGGAGCAUUACAUUAAAAAUAAAGGAAGAUAUCAAUUUGUCCUUUUGGAAACUCCUUGGGAAAAUUGCUUAAGAGCUGUAUUUAAACAAAAGCGACCUGCAACAAUCAUUGUAAAACAAGCUGAGGUUUUAGCACGUGUCUUCCUUUAUCGACUUAUAUUCGCCAUACUUGGUUUAGCUUUCGCAAUUAAUCUUAUAAGAUAUAUAUUAACUGAAGUGAUAAGAGGUUAUCAUUAUGAUCAAGCUUUUGAAAUGUUGUUAGUGUUGCCGAUAUAUUCGAUAAUUCCGAUAAUACCAUUAGCAUUUCCAAUAUUAUGGAUUAUUACACGUAGUUUGGCAAAUGCCACUCUUUUGGUUUUAUUUGAAGCCUUACAGAUAUCCAAAACGGAAUAUGAAGAAUAUGAUGAAAUGGAUGAAUUUGAUGCUGAAGCUCCUCCACCCACGAAAAAUCACGAGAUGGUGAAUUACUUUAUCGCUCAACAAAUUUGUUUGAAUCGCUUGGAAGCGCUACAGUUAUUUGUUCACUUGACCGUGAAGCCUUUUGCAUCGGUUGAUCAAAUUUUGUUUCCAAACGAAGAAGAAGAUAUAACAGUUCUUGACAUAGCGGAAGAUCCAAGUACUUCCUUUCGUGUUAAAUUUGAGGACCAAGACUGGGAUCAACAUUUAUCUCGUCUUAAGCCUCUUGGCCUGAAUCUUUUGUUAAAUACAAAUUGUGGCGUGUUACAAGGACGAAAACGUGCCGAACAGCAUAGAAAAAAUUCUAGCUUUCAAAUUCAUGCCAAGAUAAACCCUGCAAGACAAUCAUGUUUAUGUCGUCUUGGUAAAGAAAUUGGAUUCACCGAUGACGCUCUUCAAUCUUUUAUAAAGAGAAAGGAACUAUUUGUAACUGCGCCAUGUCAUCCGUCGUUAAAAGAGCGUAUGGCAAAAGACCAAUGGGAAGUUCCUAGCAUGCUUUCUUCGAUUUACGAAGAACUUAAUUCAGGAAGUUGUCAAUUAUUAUCUGAUGGAAAUAUGGAUAUGAUACUUGAUAACUGUUCUGAUUACUGGAAUGGCCAAAGUCUGCAACCUAUGAGCGAAGUGGUUGAAAAUAAGAUUUAUGAUUUUUAUCAAAAUGCUAUAAUUAAUGACAUGCAAUGUAUUGCGUAUGCAUAUCGUCCAAUAAAUGUUGUAAAUGGAAAUAAAAUCCCAUUUUUAAACUCGAAAUCACCUGAUUCAAAUGAUACUUAUAUUGUAUUGUCAAGUCCGCCAGAGGCUGAAAUUAUACUUGAUAAUGAAGAUAAUGAAGAUGAAGAUCUUACCAGAUCACAAUUGAUUAGAUUAUAUCGCCUGAAACAUGGCUUAUUGGAAGCAAAUCUUCAUGAUUUUUCUUUUGACCAAGAAAAUUUAACUUCUCAAGAUAAAGACUUAUUUUAUCAAGAGGUUAUUCAGGGACAAAUUUUCUUGGCAAUGGCAACACUUUGUCAUCAACCUAAGCCAGAUGUAUGUAACUUUAUCGAAGAUCUCAGAUUAGCUGGUAUUCGGUUUGUUUAUUUCUCUCCCAAUGGAGAAAGAGAAAGCAAAGCAUAUGCAGAGAGACUUGGUCUUGAGACUGAUUGGAAUACUUGUAUUUUGCUUUCUUCACCUGGUGAUGAAAAUUCCCUUGGAGGUGGUUAUCUAGAAUCUCAUGACAUAAAAGCUCGUCUUCCACGUGGGAUCGUUAAUAUAAGGGAACAUUUAACGGAGACAGACGACAUUCCAUUGCAAGUUUCCUUAUUUUCAGAGUGUACAUCUGAAACGACACAAGAGAUGAUUAAAAUACUUCAAGAGUACGGAGAGGUUGUGUGUUGUGUUGGAAGCGCACUGAACGCUUUUAAUACACAUAACUUUGCUGUGGCAGAUGUAGGUGUUGCUAUUGAGCCUAUGUACACACGUGCACAAUCCAGGAAUGGGCUAUGUCACUUAGGCACCAAAGGGCAGUCUCCUAUGGCUCUUGGUGCUGCUCUCACGACUUUGCCAUGUGGACUAUUUAUGUAUUAUGAUACGAGUUUGUAUGCUCUCACCGAUAUAAUACGUGAAUCUAGGCGGUUAAUUAAUGGUCUGAGGAUGGUGGCAUUGUUCGGAUCUUUUGGAAAUGAUGGAUGGUUAAGAUGGUCUUAUGAAGAACAAUGGGUACUUAUCUAUGCACAAAAUUGUACAUUAUUUGUAUUUGUAUGGUCUUUGGUGUAUCCAGGAGCAG